AUGCCACACUACGGCUAUUCCUGGUUCGUCCUCGGAAUUUGCGCCACCGUUUGGAUUCUCACUUCGUUGCCGACAACGGCGGAGGCAGGAGGAGUGGGAACGGAAAUGACGUGGAUGCCGUCGGUGGAAGAGGAGUUGGAAGUCGAGAUGGAGAGCGAGAUCAGCCGGCGCAUUUUAGCGAGCAGCGGGUACAUCAGCUACAAUGUGCUUAACAGGGACACUGUGCCCUGUUCUCGCGCCAAAGGCUCCUACUACAAUUGUCAGCCAGGCGCUGAGAAGAACCCUUACCAGCGAGGCUGCAGCGCCAUUACCAGGUGCAGGCGCUAG